AUGGACGAAAAUGAAAUGAGAGUAUGGGUUGAAAAAGUGUGGUCCAAAUGUCCUGGACGGCUUCUGAAAAAACCUGCCUUAUUAGUGCUUGACCAGUUUAGAGCACAUAUUAGCGAAACUACAAAAAAGUGCUUUAAAGAAAUGAAGACUCAUCUAGCUGUAAUUCCUGGAGGUCUUACCAGCCAGUUGCAACCUCUCGACGUUUCCAUCAACAAACCAUUUAAGGUCUUUAUGCAAGAAGAGUGGAACAAAUGGAUGGCUGCUGGUAAUCAUGAUCUGACACCUACUGGACGAAUGAAGAGGCCCACUAUCACUCAAGUUUGUGAAUGGGUGAAAACAUCAUGGCACUCAGUGAAGGAGGAAAUCAUUGUACAGUCAUUAAAAAAAUGUGGAAUUAGCAAUGCUUUGGAUGGAACCGAAGAUGGUAUCUUAUAUGAAGAUAGUAAAGAAAGUGAUGUUAGUGAUUUCCAGAGCAUUGAUGCUGACUGUGAAACUGCUAUGAAUCAACUGGUGAAUCUUUAACUGUAUUCUAGCUAUGUAUAUUUGUCCAUUUCACACUUUGACCAUGAUGAUGUUCCCCUGCACCAUGUGGCCAAGUUUCUGAAGGAGCAGUCCCAGGAGGAAAAGGAACAUGCUGAAAAGUUCCUGAGGUCCCAGACCAAGUGAGGAGGUUGUGUUACGCUGUAGGACAUCAAAAAGCCAGAACAGGAUGAAUGGGAAAACAGCCUAGAAGCCUUACAGUGUACCCUACAGCUAGAGAAGGUGGUAAAUCAGGCCUUGCUGGAUCUGCACAAACUGGAUGACCCUCAACUGUGUUACUUUCUGAAGUCUGAAUUCUUGGAAGGGAAGGUGAAAGCCAACAAACAGCUGGGCAACUGCCUCACCGAUCUGAAGCACCUGGGGAUGCUCCAGAAUGGCCUGCAGGAGUACCUGUUCAACAAACUCACCCUGGGGAAGAGAAACUGGGUCUCUCAAUCACUUUAA